AUGGCACCCAAAACAGUUUUCAUAGCCGGAGCAAACCGAGGAAUCGGGCUCGGAAUUGUUAAAGAGCUUUUGAAAGUGCCAGGAAUUGAAACAAUCAAUGCUGGAGCUAGAAAUGUUGAAACAGCCAAGGAGCUCCAAUCAUUUUCCCAAGCUGAUUCUCGUCUUCAUCUCAUUUCUGUGGAUGUUUCUGAAGAUGAAAGUUUGGAAAAUUCAGUGAAACAAGUUGAGGGUCUUGUUGGCGAUCGUGGUCUGAAUCUUCUUAUUAACAAUGCUGGAAUUCUUGAACACUACCGUACUACUGAUCCUCCAAACAGAGCCACUGUUCUGAGGACCAUUGAUGUCAAUGCAGUUAGUGCUUUACUAGCUUCUCAGUACUUCCUUCCUCUUCUCAAAAAAGCUGCUGAGCAAACUCAGGGAGACGAAUUCUCCGUUUCAAGAGCUGGAAUUGUGAAUAUUGGAUCAGAUUGCUCUUCUCAGACAUUGAAUGUCACUGGAUUCUGCAACGAAACUCUCUUAGCAUACAAAAUGAGCAAAACUGCCAUGCUUAGUUUUGCUCGAUCCCUUGUUGCCGAUUUCAAGACAUUGAAUGUUCCAGUCCUAGUAACAACUAUCCAUCCUGGAAGGGUACUUACUGAUAUGGGAGGACCUCAUGCCGAGAUUACUAUUUCAAUGCCACCCAAAACAGUUUUCAUCACCGGAGCAAACCGAGGAAUUGGUUUCGGAAUUGUUCGAGAACUUUUAAAAGUUUCAGGAAUUGAAACAAUCAUUGCUGGAGCUAGAAACGUGGAAGCAGCCAAGGAGCUCCAAUCAUUUUCCCAAGCUGAUUCUCGUCUUCAUCUCAUUUCUGUGGAUGUUUCUGAAGAUGAAAGUUUGGAAAAUUCAGUGAAACAAGUUGAGGGUCUUGUUGGCGAUCGUGGUCUGAAUCUUCUUAUUAACAAUGCUGGAAUUCUUGAACACUACCGUACUACUGAUCCUCCAAACAGAGCCACUGUUCUGAGGACCAUUGAUGUCAAUGCAGUUGGUCCUUUAAUGGCUUCUCAAUACUUCCUUCCUCUUCUCAAAAAAGCUGCUGAGCUAACCCAGGGAGACGAAUUAUCUGUUUCAAAAGCUGCAAUUGUGAACAUUGGAUCAGAUUGCUCUUCUCAGACAUUGAAUGUCCCUGGAUUCAACGAAUACACCCAUACAGCAUACAAGAUGAGCAAAGCUGCCAUGCUUAGUUUUGCUCGAUCCUUGUUGCCGAUUUCAAGUCAUUGA